AUGAAGAAGUUUUUGGACAAAGUCUACAGAUUUUCCAAAGUUUACGGGUUGACAGCUGCUGGGGCUGUUGCUGUUAUAGGCGUUCUUGUAUAUGACAAAGCCAGAAGAGAGCCUGUCUACUCUUCGUGGACAACAAACUAUGAUCCAAGUGUGAAGUGGGACUACAACUGGGAUAGGAGAGAACCAAAGAGCCUUGUGAAGCCACUUAAAGAAUCCGCUACUGAUGAUGAAAAACAGAAGUAUCUUGAGAAGGAGGAAAAGAAAGUUGGCACGGCAACCAGGCAUAUCAUUAUGAUCCGACAUGGGCAGUAUUUUGACAAAGAAAAGUAUGACGCUGACAGAAUGCUGACUGAGUUAGGGCGUGAGCAGGCUAAUCUCACAGGUUUACGACUGGCUGAAUUGAAUUACCCAUACACAAAACUGAUCUGCUCAACAAUGACGCGUGCACAGGAGACAGCAGACAUCAUCCACAAGCACCUGCCAGAUCUCCCACGGGAAAAUGAUGACAUGCUGCGGGAAGGAGCUCCCAUUCCGCCUGAACCUCCAUCGGGAAACUGGAGGCCAGAAGCCUCGCAGUUUUAUGGUGAUGGUGCUCGUAUUGAAGCAGCAUUUAGAAAGUAUUUUCACAGAGCAGAGCCAGAACAAACCAAGGACAGCUAUGAAAUUAUGGUCUGCCAUGCAAAUGUUAUACGAUACUUUGUAUGCAGAGCCCUCCAGUUUACCCCAGAGGCAUGGCUGCGGAUCAGUUUAAACCACGCUAGUUUGACCUGGGUGUACAUCCGUCCUAACGGCAGGGUCGGCAUUCGUACUAUGGGCGAAGCCGGCUUUAUGCCCCCCGAUAAACUCUCGGUCAUGUGACGAUAGGCAAUACAUGUCCUUGUUGUCAUAUUGAUAAUCAAAUCCAAUUAUUCAAAGAAGCAGGAAAGAUAUCGGAGACAGUUUUUCAGGUUAAGUUGAACCAAGAUGGAAACAGUUUGAUUCUCUGUCUAGUGAAAGCAACAUAACAAAAUGGAAUAAUGUCUUUUAUUCUGUGCGGUAUGCUGGACAAUACUGUUUCACCAGAUUAUUAAACUCAAGGAUCAUUUAAAAGUGCCUUUCAUUGUGUUUGGAAAUGAGCAUUUUGUUUUAUUCUUUAAGUGUUGUUAUUAUUAUAGUUACCAGUAAAAGGUCUUGUCUGGUUUAUUUAGAGAGAACAAAUAUGCUGCAUGUAUUUUAAUGUUUGUCUAUGUAUCUUUUGAGAAAAUGUCAAAUGAAUUAAUCUGAUAAGUCUGGAACCUCAAGAAGAAAAACAAAACAUGUCAGUCAGUGGAUAUCAUUUUUCAUUUCAAAUAUUUUGGUAUAAAACUCCCCCUCAUUUACAGAAAUGAUAAAACAAAUGUCUCAAGCAAAGUUGAGCAAAAAAGUUGAGUAAGGAAUCAGACAAGGAACUUUUGAAGAUUCGUGAUUGAUAAAUAAUUAAUUCUUAAAGCUUGUUACAUUUGGAUUUGAUUAUUAUAAAAUUCCAGAACUUCAAAUUUCUUAGUGUUUUCUGACUUGUCUGUUUUGUUAUUGAUUGUUUGAAUCAAUAUGGAAGUAUUUAAAAUGUAUAAAUAAUUCUGUCUUAAGUUUCUGUUUUUAAUGAAGAGAAAUGAGGCUGAAAUGAUCUAUAAUUAUAGAAAGACAGCAUAAACAUACAGGCAGAAAAUAAUGACAUACUGAGCGAUUUUCAAUUUGGAUUUCACAAGGGUCAGUCUAAUUCAGUUCUUUUUUGUUUUUAAUGCAAUUAUGCAAAAAUUGUUAAAUGAUAAACAAAGACGGUAUUGUGCCUUUAUUGAUAUGAAACAUGCUUUCGAUAGUUUCAGUUUUAAUAGCCUCUGGUUAAAGUUAUAUAGAUCAAGGGCUGUUAUCAUAAAGCAUCUUAUGUAUUUCCUAACUAGUUGAUUUCUUAUGAUUUUAAUAGUCAAGUUAAAAGAAUUGUACAAAUGAUUUUAACAUUAAAGUUUUUGUUUUAUUUUGGAAAAUCUUUUUUUAUUUCAUAAAAAAUUAUGUCUAAAGAGAUUCUAAAAUGGGGAAAGUGACCGAAGUAAGGAAAUGACUUACGGUAAGAUGUUUUAUGAAUACUGCCCCAGGUGUUGAAAACGCUUAAAACUGUUUAAUAGGAAUAUGUAUAAAAAUGUGAAAACAUGUGUAAAAAAAAGUACUUUGCUCUCUGAAUAUUUUCAUUGUGCUGACAGCCCUUAGCAAAGGGGAAAUACAAAGAUUUUGGUCACAUAAAUUACAUAUUGAAACAGGUGGAUAUGGCCGUUUUAGAGUUUACAAAGGUGAUCCUCAUUGUACCUGUAUCCUGUGUUCAUUUUAUGAUAAAAAAGAUGAAUAUCACUUUGUCAUAAUAUGCCCUAUGCCAUGUAUAUUUCAUUAUUAGAAAGGAGUGGAUCAUAUUAUCAAACCAUUCCUUACAAGAAACCAAAAUACAUUAUGACAUUGUAAAAGUUUAUUAAAUCAUUUAAAUCGCAAGACCUUGUCAUAACAAGAAAUCCACUUUAAGUAAAAUUUAUAAAGCAAGCAAUUUGUCUAAAAAAUUCUAUGAUAAAUGAUUUAAUUUAGACUAUAAAGUAAUAUAUGAUAAUAGCCCCCCAAAUCUCUAUUAUCAUGUUACCUGUAUUUCAAAUAUGUACCAUUUACAUUUUUUAUCUCUAUAUUUAUCAUUUGUAUUUUUGAAACAUUUUUCUUCCUUCUUUUGUUUUCAUUGUAGUUACCAUGUAACUGUAUCAUUGUGACCAUAAACAUCAUUUUCUGAUACAUAUCAUGUAUUGUCAAGAACUGUUAGAACAUGUUUAAGACAAUAAACCAUUCUUUCUGUC